AUUUUAUUGUUAAAAAAAAUCAUUUGAAAUGGGUAAGAGACAGCAUCAAAAAGAUAAAAUGUACCUUACGUACACAGAAUGGUCCACAUUGUAUGGUGGAAAAAGACCGGGUAUUGAAAAGCCGAAAUUUGCUCGAUUGCCAUUUGACCAUUGUUGCUUAUCACUUGUCGCUUUCAAGACCCCAUAUUGCGACCCUGAUGGUAAUAUUUUUGAGUAUGAAGCAUUACUUGAAUAUAUAAAACAGUUUAAACACAACCCAGUGACAGGAAAGCCUAUUGAGUUGAAAAAAUUAAUCAAGUUGAACUUCCAUCGUAACGCAGCAGGGGAGUAUCACUGUCCAGUCUUGUUCAAAUCCUUAACUAAACAUUCACAUAUUGUAGCAAUUAAAACAACAGGAAAUGUUUUUUCGUAUGAGGCUAUAGAACAAUUGAAUAUUAAAACAAAAAAUUGGAAAGAUCUUUUAACAGACGAACCAUUCUUGCGUAAAGACAUGAUCACUCUUCAAGAUCCAACUAAUUUAACAAAAUUUAAUAUUGCAAAAUUUCACCAUGUUGUAAAAAAAAUUAAAGUUGUGGAUCCCGAUGAAGAAGCACAAUCUAAGGACCCAGAAGGGCGUUUAAAAUCAGUGUCAAAAACUACAAGAGAUAUAUUGGAUACAUUGGAUCGAGAUUACAAAGAACCAGCAAAAAAAGUCGAUGAAGUAGCACAAAAACCAGAUAAAUUAAAUACUGCUCAUUACUCUACUGGCCGUGUAGCUGCUAGCUUUACAUCGACUGCAAUGGUUCCAGUGCUGGAACAUGAAUCAGCAAUUAUAGAAGAGAAUGAAAUCCGAUUUGAGCGUAUAAAGAAAAAAGGUUAUGUUCGAUUAACUACUAAUUAUGGACCAUUAAAUUUGGAAUUAUUUUGUAAAGAAGUACCUAAGACAUGUGAAAAUUUUAUAAAACUUUGUCAAAAAGAUUAUUAUAAUGGUACAAAAUUUCAUCGAUCUAUUCGUAAUUUUAUGGUUCAGGGUGGUGAUCCAACAGGUACCGGAAAAGGUGGUGAAUCAUAUUGGGGACAGCCUUUUGAAGAUGAAUUUAAACAAAAUUUAAAUCACUCUGGACGAGGUGUAUUAUCUAUGGCUAAUUCUGGUCCUGAUACAAAUAAAUCACAAUUUUUUAUUACAUACCGUUCAUGUAAACAUUUGGACAACAAACAUACAGUAUUUGGACGUAUAGUAGGAGGCUUUGAAACACUUAAUGCAAUCGAAGAAAUCGAAGUGGAUAAUAAAGAUCGGCCAAUUACUGAUAUUAAUAUAUUGCAAACUCAUGUAUUUGUUGAUCCAUUUCAAGAAGUUGAUGAUAAGAUAGCAGAAGAAAGGCAAGAGGCAUUAAUAAAUACACCUGGAACUAGUGUAACUUCAAAUGUACAAACAGAAGAAAAUAAAAUAUCAAGUAUAGCAAUUCCAGGUGUUAAACUCAAAACAUUUAAAUCUGGAGUAGGGAAAUACAUCAACCCUUCAGCUUUACAAAAAAACAAAAUUGAAAACGAAGAAUUGCCUAACAAAAAAAAGAAAGUUGUUGGUUAUGAUUUUCAUGGAUUUAAUAAUUGGUGAUUUCAGAAAUUUCAAAUUAUUAAUAUAUAACAUUAAUUGUUCAUGUCUAUAACUUUGAUUUUAA